UGAGAAGAUGUUGUGCUGAGAAGUUGGAGACAGAUGAGAAAUCACUGUCAGACGCUGCAAACGGGAAUUAUCACGCUCUUAUUUGAAUAAAGACAGUUUCUUUAUCCGAUGUGGACAAUUUAGAGAAGAAGAAUGCAUACAACUCGCAGUCCAUCCGCAUCCAUCCAGGCAGGACCGGUAGGAGACGUACUGGACCUCAGCUUGACCAGCUCUCAGCUUUUGAUGGCUCACAGACCCAACAGUGCUUCCCCUGGAAAGCACUUCUCUCGGUCCAUAUCUGUGUCCGUGGCCAGUGAGGGACGGGGAAAACGGAACACGUUUACUGAUGCUGGAUUGGGAAGCUCACGAGCAAUUAAAAACCUGCGUCGGUCCAACAGCACCACACAGGUGAACCAGCAGGCCAACACAAGCUCCAGUGAAGGCCACACAGAAGACUUCCUGGCUCUGUUCAACAGCAGCACUGAUGGACGCAGGAAACUGGCCAGCCUCACCAAGUCCUCCAAAGACCAUACUACCUGGAACAUCCUGGAUGACCAGCCAAGAGUGUUUCCUGUGCCCAGCAGCUCUCAUAGUACCUGCAGUAUGGAUUCUUCUACAGGACUGAAGAAGAGGGAAGCCGGGGUCUAUCUUGCUGCCAACUUCACUGCUAACAACAGGAGCAAUAAAGCAGCUGUGGGGAACUCUGUGACCCCCAUACUUCAUAACAACCACUCAGAGAAGCCCCUUACUCCCAAGAGCUCCAAUCAGAAGCCCUCCUUCAAUAACAUCAUCAAAGCCACGGUAAAUGAUGAUGUGACACUAGACAUGAACGGUUCUCUCACUAAGUCCCAGAAGAACUUCUCCUCGGCAUCAUCAGGCUCCAAUAACAAUGCUUCCCCUAGCCCCCGAAGCCCAAGUCAGCUGCGCAGACGAGAGGUGACUGAAGAAGAGGCAGAGAGGUUUGUUCAACAAGUGAACCAUGCUGCUAUUACCAUCCAGCGUUGGUAUCGUCGCCAUGCCAACAGAAAGCAAGCCAAUGAGGAUAAAAUCAAACUACUCCCAUCCAAAAAGAAGGAAAGAGGGCAAAGAGCAGAGGAUAAGAAUGACAAUCGUAGACGAAUCAGAGAGGAGAAAGCUCGUCUAGCUCGACUUACAGCAAUACAGGAGCUUCAGCAGAAAAGAGCACAACGUGCUACAGAGGUACAGCAGAUUGCAGAGGAUGAGAUAGAGACACUGAGGCAUGCUAAGAAAGUAGAGCGUAAAAAACCCACCAAGAGUUCACCCACUUCUCCCACUGACGUCAAGGCGAAGAACACAGAUUCUAAUGUGAACAUUGUGUCUGAUCUGGAUGAUGUGACAAAUCUGAGGGCUGCAUCACCAGCUGACUCUGUAAGCAGAGGCUCUCAGUGUUCUCAGGAGAUCCUACAGAGGUCUGUGAGUGUGGAGGACCAGCGACAGGGGGCGCCAUCGAGCAGGGCUCAGUCGAAAACCACAAUGAAUGACUUGCUGGACACGCUGAAGCUCUUAGAAGAAGAUCCGGACAGACUCUUGGAGCCCAAGAGCUACAGGAAGGAUAAGUACGCGUGGAUUGAUGAGGACGGAGACUCCAUCUCCCUGACGACUGAUAACGUGGAACGGCACAGGCAGUUGAGUCAGACUCCUGCACUUCCAGAUGGCCCCGCCUUGCUGUCAGAGGCCAAACUGCAGAGCAUCAUGAGCUUCCUGGAUGAGAUGGAGCAAUCAGAGCAGGAUAGACCACGCUCGGUCACCUCUGGCUCACACAGAGAGGUGGUGUUAUCAGAGGACGAUCUUGCAGUUGUAGAACAAGCGUCAGCCACGGCAGCUGAGGUUACUGGUUCCAUGAUGAGACUCAAACUGGAGCUGGAAGAGAAGAAACGCACCGUCAAUAUGCUACAGACAUCACUGGCCCAGCAGAGGGAGCUAACAAUUCGGCAUGUGAAGGAGACCGAGAAGGAUCUCAAUUAUAAUUUCCAGCUACAGAAACAGCAGUAUGAAGCUACGAUACAAAGACAUCUGACAUUUAUUGACCAGCUGAUUGAUGAUAAAAAAGCCUUGACUGAAAGCUGUGAGGAGGUGGUUGGACAACUGAAGCAGGUGGAUCAAAAGUACACUAAGAAGAUCACACAGAUGCAGGAGCAACAUGAAUUGGUGUGGCAAAUUCUGGGUCCCAUGUGCGAGGAGAUAAAGAAGCUGAAAGAGUUGAUGAGUGCCACAGAGAAGAUCCGCAGGGAGAAAUGGAUCGAUGAGAAGUCCAAAAAGAUCAAGGAGAUCACAGUCAAAGGUCUGGAGCCAGAGAUUCAGAAGCUGAUCUCCAAACACAAAUUAGAGCUGAAGAAACUUCGAGUUCUUCAUGAGGCAGAACUUCUUCAGGCAGACGAGAGGGCUGCCCAACGCUACGUCAGGCAGAGUGAGGAACUACGACAGCAGUUGGAGAAAGAAAGUGAUGAACAGUGCCAGAAGGAGAGAGAACUGGCCAAGCAGAGGUAUGAGAAACAGCUGCAGGAAGAGGAGAACACACUGCAGCAGCAGAGGAGACGACUCUAUAAGGACGUUUUGGAGGAGAAAGAACGACUUGCACAGAUAGCAGCAAGGCAGCGUGCUGAGUUGGAGGACUUAAGAAAGCAGCUGGAGGAGAACAGCUCUCUAGCUGGAAGAGCACUUCGAGAAGAGCUGGAGAAGGGCAGAGAAGAGCAGGAGAGGCGACACCAUGUUGAAGUAAAGGCCCUCAAGGAAAGACUUGAGAUUGAGAAACAGACAUGGGAAGAAAACUAUAUGAAAAAAGAGGAAGCAUGGCUGCUGAGCAGAGAGAGGGAGCUGAAAGAGGAAGUGCGUAGAGGGAGAGACAAAGAGAUCGAGCUGGCCAUUCAGAGACUAGAGGAGGAGACCAGAGGGGUGAGAGAGGAGUGUGAGAGAGCAGCAGACAACCGGAUAAAUCGCUUGAGGGAGAAAUAUGAGACUGAGCUCCGAGAUCUGGAGCGUUCAGAGCGGGCGAUGCUGCAGAAACAGCAGGAAAUGAGAGCGAAACAGAGUGAGAUGGAGGGUGAACUCCUUCGCAUACGGUCACUCCUACGACAGAGAGAGCAUGAAAUAAGCGACCUCACCCAGUCACGUGACAAGUUGUCAGAGGAGCGCCGCAGCCUUGCUGAGGUGAUCCGGCAGGAGUUUGCUGAGCGAAUGGUUGAGAUGGAGGAAGAAAACAGGAGGAUUAAGAUGGAGGUCUCGGAAGCCAAGGCACGACUUCGCUUGGAGGUGGAGGGAGUGACCAGGGAGAAAGAAGAGGAGCUUACAGAGGUGCACCAGAGAGUGAAGUCCGCUAUUUUGAAGAAGGAAGAAACUGUUAAUAACCUGCGGAAGCAACAUGAGGCUGCAUUGAAGAGAGCAGAUCAUCUUGAGUCUUUGUUGGAACAGCAGAGAAAACAGCUGCUAGGGAAAUGAUUGGCAUGUUCGUGGCACCGGCCCCCGAGAGCUCCUCCCCCCACCACCCCUUCCCCUCUAUCAUACCGUCCUCCUGCACAAAAAUCAUUCUCUUAUCUAUAUUCUUGUCUGGUUUCUUUUUUCUCCUUUUGGUCAUUUGGAUGAUUUGAUGGAUUCUGGAUGGAUUCUUGAAAGAAGGGUGGAUUGUUCCUCCAGAUAUCUCAUCCAGGAUGGCAAACUUUGGCAUUCCCAGGGGAACGGUGCAAGAAAUGAGGCAGGAAUUGCAUCUUCUGUUUGGAUUCCUGGAGAGACUUUUGUGCAUCUCUCUUGCCUGAAUAUGACCAAAUUACAGGCUCCUCUUAACAUUAUACACAGGCAAACAAACACUAGUGUGUGUGUGGACGAAUCUCACAAAACCUGUCAAGAAUAUCUUUGGGUCUCCCCAAAAUAAAAAUACAUAAGAAAUAAAAAAUGACAUUUCGCAUAAGAAAAAGAAGCCUAAGUUUAGGAGCAUUAAGAUUUUCUGCAUUCUGGCAUUAUUUUUAUGACAGUUAAGCAGUUACUGUGAUGAGAAAAAAAUAUUUUUUUUAAAUGUAAAGUAUUUAUAUGUGAAUUUACCUUUUUAAUUUAUUUUCAAAAAAAAAAAACAUACUCAUUUAUUUUGUACCGUAAUGACAUUUUGAAGGGGAAAUGUGCUUAAUUGUCAUUUUAACAUUUUGUCAAUUAUGUUGGAAUGGAACUUUUAAUGGUCCUAAAUAUAAGCUUCAUUUUCUUUUGGCAAAAUGGAAAUUGUUUAUUUUUUCUUGUUUUUUUUUUUUUUUGGAUGUGUUUUGGGGGGGGGGUGGAAAACCUCUUUGCUGGGAACAAAGGCAUCCAUAGAAAGCUCUUCCAGAUGUUUAUGUGACUACAUCCCCACUUCCCUUUUCUCUCUUGAGCUUAAGAGGAAAAAGGGUGGAGAUUCCAGUGGACAAGAGAAGUAGAAAUCUCAUUCCCGAUAAGAUAACCCUUUAAAGAGGAGAGCUCUUACCAUCUACAAACACGCAUGCAAUUACACACACACUCCCCUCGCCUUUUGUGUGCUGCAUACAGAUGCCUUUUGUCCUGAUGCCCCUCAGGUCUAUCUCUAAACUACAGGAGAUGUCCUAGAAGCCCCCAGGACUCCUAAACAUGCUCACACACAGCCCAUAGUGAAGCCCAUCUCUUUCAGAUGUCACAGAAUGAUGGUAGCAUAUGUAUCGGAUGGACGUUUUAGAAUGUUUGUUGACAGAAUGUAGAUGGAAAAGAUAAGUUUGGAAGGCCUUUGUAGAGUGAUGGGGACCGACAAUAGAUUGAGCAGCUGUCGCGGUAAAUGUUUGCUCGUACCAAAAUGAGAGUCCUGAUUGAGGUUCAGUUGAGAUGGACGUAGAAAGUUGGAUAGUGAUAAUUUUAUGUGGAUGGAUAAUGAGAGAAAAAUAGUAAUGUUUGUGCUCAUGACAACUCUGAAUAAUUCAUACGAUGGAAAAAAUCGUAAGAUAUCAAACGACUUGGCUCGCACAAAAAGGUGCAACUUGUAUUCCCAAACAGACCAACCGAUCAACAAACAUAAUUUCAAUUGUAUGCAAUUGUAUUUUUGUAUGCAAUUCAAAUGACUUCUGUCAAUAACCUGUAAUAUGUGUCCUCUGUUUUGUUGCAAACAUGUUUUUUCUGUGGUACACCGUUAUUUUCCGAUUAAAAUCAUGAUUAGUUUAGGUGAGAAGUUAUACUUCAUUGUUAGAUUUAAGUUUGGGUUAGGGGUUAAACUUAGGAAAAAUUGUGAAAACCAUUCGUUGCUUCUGGGUUUUUUUUCUCAUUGGAAUUAUAAGUCGCAAGUUUUUCUACAAGCCAACUUGUAAGAUUUCGCCAUCUUUAAAUGAAUAUUACGACUUUUCAUGAGACCUAGUUGGCUGGACUGGGAACGAUGGGGCAUACUUUGACUUUGAGAAUAGGUCAAAAUCCUAGUUGGUCAUGUAACAACAUUCUUAACUACCAGUCAGAUUUUAGGGAUAUGGAAAAGGGUGGGGUUAGGCUUACAAUGUGUCCUAACCAGGAACGACAUGGUAUUGCAACAACUGAUAAAAGCUAUUGCUUCCUUUUGUGAAAUCUGAGUUUUUGUUCUAACCGGCUGUGGCCGUAGGACAUUUUUGUUGAUUUUAUUGGUUAGCCUGUGAUUUGUGUCUCAUUGCACAUUUUCACGUUCAGUGUGGACAAACUCUUGUCUCUUGACCAUUUGGUGCAUUGUGCCUAUUUAGGACACAGUGUUUGGGGAUGACUUAACAUUGUUAACUCAUAUUUAGGGGUAGUUCAUGGUUAGAUUAGGGAUUGGACCGAUUAUUUGACGGGAAUUUUGUUCGAGGACAAACACGUUUUUUUAUACAGAACUAAAAACCUGUUCAUCUGGGGGAGACAUAGUAUGGCUGGUAUUCAUGCUGUGGUUUAAGACAACCAAAAGCCUUCCAAUUUCUCUCCCUCUCUUUGCAAUGUAUACCAAGCGGACUACCCUAGAGAGCCGAGACAAAUGCAAUAGAGCAGAAUUUGGGGAGGAGUUUCAAAACACUCACUGGUCUUCAUUGUUUCUUGUUAUAAAGUCCCUUCUGUUUCAACUUCCCCAUUUCUCAUUUAACAUGACUUUUGGGUCAACAAGUAUGUAUCACACAAAAACAUACAAAAGACCAUUAAUAUGAUAAGAAAUUGUAGAACACAUUUUACAGUGUAGCUCCAGUUUGCUUUAAGGUUCAGGUCAUUUCUGUGCCACUAGUGGCAGCAACAAUAAUGACUGUUUCUAAACAGGCCUCCUCAGCCAGAGUUUUUAAAAGCUAAUUUAUAAGACCGGAAAAUACCAUUUGUUUCUCUUGUAAUGGGCCUUUCUGAACAGAGCAAUUUCAAGAAAUUUCUUUUGAGUGAAUGAUUAAAGAGCAACAUAUUAAAGAAAAGCAUUUUAUCUUGCCCUGUUAUCACUUCAGGUCUUGUGUCCAUGGAUACCUUCUUAAAUACUUUUAUUAAAAAAAUUAAAUCUGAUUUCAAGAAGAUCAGGUUUCUCAUUUUAGGGCAAAGAGGGGAAGCCUGUGAAGCCAAAAGCUUGCUGCCUACAAAGCCCUUGAAUUCACAGGAGACCAAUUUCAGUAUCAGGCUGUUAUGUGGCUCAAGUAAUAAGAUAUAUUAUUGUCACGGUGUCAGUAAAGCAUAAUAAACGUAAUUUCAUGACUCCGCUAUUGAUAUCACACUUGCAUGUGUGUACUUUAUGUGCAUCCAAGGUCAGUUGGAUACCUUUUAUUAGGACCCCAGUGUGAGGUUCAUGAUGUUUAAAACAUUCUGAGAAUGUUUCAAAUGCAUUGUGAGAAGGUUAGAAGUCAGUUUUGGCAGCAUAUGCUGCUCCUUGGCUGUCUUUCUCACUUUGGAUGACAGCAUGGUUGGCAUGGCCUGUGCGUCAUUCCUGCCAAUGAACCCUUCUUUCUGUGUGUGGCCAAGCGCCGGUCGCCAUUUUGCUCUGGCCUUUUGUAAAUGAUCUUAAAAACACUACUUUUAUUAUCUUCAUUAAUGUCACUUAAGUUUGAGGAUCAUUUAGCCUUCAAACCACUCUCCCUUUUCCUCCUAUUUUUAUUUGAUUUUAAGUUGCUUGUUUUUGCACGUAGCUCUUAAUUCACCUCUUUUACCCACUUCCUGUACUUUGUUUGUUUAGAUUAAUAGCUGUGUUUUCCAAAAAUGAAGAACUGUUGAA